AGAGCAAGGGCUCUAAGGAUAAAAGCUUCAAAAUUUUUCUGUCUUCUGUUUUGGCUCAAAAUUUCAUCUUCCUAAUCUUUAUUCUGAAUCAAACCCAGAAAAAACUAUGCCAAUUGCUACCUUAUCUCUCCAUUCUUUAGGCUAUUGCUGCCAAAAGUCUCCUCCUUUCUCCCUCAAAUCUUCUUUUCUCUCAAAACCCACAAAAACCCAGUUUUCUUUUGCCUUCAAAACUACCGAGAAGAGGCCUUUUUCGCAUAUAGUCUCAAUGAGCAUGGAAGCAGGCAUUGGAGUAAUGGGCACAAAGCUUGGAAUGAUGAGUUUCUUUGAAACUGAUGGCACAGUUGUUCCAGUGACUGUAGUUGGUUUUAGAGAAGGAAAUCUAGUGACCCAAGUUAAGACAUCGGCUACUGAUGGCUAUGAUGCUGUUCAAGUUGGGUAUCGGAGAGUUAGAGAUAAGAAGUUGACAAAGCCUGAGUUGGGUCAUUUGGGGAAAGCUGGUGUUAUUCCCAUGAGGCAUUUGCAAGAAUUUAGGUUGCAAAGUGUGGGGGAGUUUGAGACUGGUCAGAAAUUGGCUGUUGAAGAGAUUUUUAAGGAAGGUGAUCUUGUUGAUGUCUCUGGGACUACCAUAGGGAAAGGAUUUCAAGGUGGAAUAAAGCGCCAUAAUUUUAAAAGAGGUCAAAUGAGCCAUGGUUCCAAGAGUCAUAGAGCAUUGGGGUCUAUUGGUGCUGGAACAACACCUGGGCGUGUGUACAAGGGAAAGAAAAUGCCUGGCAGGAUGGGAGGAAGCAAAAGAAAGAUCCGAAAGCUCAAGAUUGUGAAAAUCGACAAUGAGCUUCGAGUUGUGAUGAUCAAAGGUGCUGUCCCUGGUAAGCCCGGAAAUCUGCUACGUAUAACCCCGGCUAAGAUUGUUGGAAAGAACAUACCAAAGAGCUAGUUUCAUGUAUUGGACUCAUUUCAUUUCAGCUAGUAUUUCAGUUGUGGGAACUUUUGAUGUAUUCAUUGGUGUAUGAGUUUAAGUCGAAAUUUACCUUUUCUUUUAUUGAGUUGAUUCCUGAAUUUGGAAAUGGCUUCUCAAUUUGUGAACUACUUAAAUUGAUCAGUCAAUUCUACUUGUCAA